AUGGCUUCAGUUCUACUACUGCCACAUCAGAGACGCAAGCACAGACAGAAGCGCGCCAGGACUGCUAGUUACAGGAAGCCGAUGUCACAAGGAAGUUCGCCGAGCCCUGCUAUGGAAGUUGAUGGCCCAGAAUUCCCGGGGAAGACGGGAGGGCAGACGAUUGCGGAGAUGGGAGAGGAGCGCAGCGGAGCCGGGACAGGGAACACAGGCACGGGCGGGCAAAGCAGCGUCAGCGGCGCGGGCGGCAAGGCGGGAGCAUUAAAUACAGCGAAGCUGGUGCUGAGCCACAAGCCGAUCUCAACGUCGUCGCCGGAGGCGAUGGCGGCGGCGCAGCAGGUGACGCCGCAGAAGCUGGCGCAGCUGUUGCUGGCGAAGGGCCCGCUGGCGAUCCGAUUCAUCACGCAGGCGCUGACAGAAGAGAUACCAAGCUUCAAGGACCUGUCUGCGUCGAAACAGCGGCGCUUGAUCAUGGGGGCGCUGGAGGCGGGGGACCAGGAGAACUCAGUGGUGUUCGCGAAGAUCGGCUGGGGACAGUGGUCCGCGCGACACGUGAAGCCGCACCUGUUUAUCAAAGAGCGUGAGCUAACCAACGUCGCCAACAGCAAGGUGAAGGACGCGGGCGUGCACGAGGCGCGUCGCAGUAGCAGCAAUGCGAAGAAGGGCGGAAAGUCGGGCUCGUUUCUGAACGAGCUGAAGCGGCCCAUGCUCGCGGCGCCCACGGCCAGCAUUUACAUUGACGAGAAUGCCCUCGCUUCGGACGACGACGAGGAGGACGACGAGGAGGAUGAGCACGAUAUGCUGAACUACGAGAACCUCAAGCGCCGCCAGCCGAGUGUGGUCGCGGUCGAGCCCCCUGAGCUGAGCGAUCAGCAGGAGGUGCUGUUUCGCGCCCGGCUGCGGGCGCCCAAUGGCGGCAGCCGGCGCCGUUCCACCUCGAAGGUAAGGUCUGUAUCUGUAUCCAAGCCCGGCGCGCAUAGAGCCCCACCAGCUGCCGGCGACGCGGUCGAGGGGCCUUUGCGCCGUCUCUCGCCGUCGCAGGCCGACCGCAAAAGCACGAUAGAUAUAGCUACCCCUGAGGAGCCGCCGCACGAUGAACUGCUCUCAGCCAAUUCGGUCGCCAAGACGCGGCGCGCCGCCGCACGUCGCGACUCCUGGCUCUCGCGCAGCAAGGAGUCCUCCAUCCGGUCUACGCUCCUAUCGCACUCCAACUACAACAUCGUCUCUCCGCCUUCCCACGCCCAGCCGCCGGCCGAUCAUCAUCCACUGGGCCGCGAGGCGGACCAUUCGGAUACUGACGAGGAAGAUUGGGCCAGCAUUGGGGCGCCAGCCUUGCGUAAUAACAGCAUGCCGUCCAACCUUUCGUCCUCAUCUUCUCAUCAUGGCAACUCUGCAUCUGCCUCAAACGCUCACUCUGAGCAGGGCUCUCCGCACGCUAGACCCCUAAACUAUGCCAUUCCAAACUCUAUACCGCCGCGCCAGCAUUCACCACCCGACGCAGAGGAUGCUGCGUUUCUUCUCAUGAGUCUUAAGUCUUAG